UUCAAUGAAUUCUACGGACGAGCAGCAACGACUUGCGAUAAAAAAAAAUCUCCUGAGGGAUGAAGAACGGCAACACCCAACCGGUAUAUAUAGCUGCUGUCGGGUAAGUUAGAAGUAUAGUUCAUAUCAGCGUUGCUUCAAGAAACAAGCUUCAAAAACCUCCAAAAAAUGAAAUUCUUCAUCGUUCUUCUGGCACUGUUCGCCAUGGCUGCCGCCCGGCCCCAGGAGGACAAGUACACCACCAAGUACGACAGCAUCGACACCGAUGAGAUCCUGAAAUCGGAUCGUCUCUUCAAGAACUACUACAACUGUCUGUUGGAUACGGGAGCUUGCACUCCGGAAGGCAACGAGCUGAAGCGUGUCCUGCCCGAUGCCCUGGAGAACAACUGCUCCAAGUGUAGUGAGAAUCAGAAGACGUCCAGCACCAAGAUCAUCAAAUUCCUGACCGAAAACAAACCGGAGGAGUGGGUCGCUCUGAAGGCCAAGUACGAUCCGGAUAACAAGUACGUCCAGAAGUACGUGACUGAUGCCGAUAAGGAUGGAAUCAAACUGUAAGCUGACGAACUGGCCUUCAUUUGGAAAUGACGAUUGGAAAGACUGUGAUUGAACACCUGCAUUUACCUGAAAACUUGUAUCAAUAAACUCCAAAUUUUUGUACAAAUCAA